GCCACUCAAGUCCACGCGCCUCCACCACUCCGGCCGCUGAUCGAGAACAUGGCCAACAAGCUGCCGUCCAAGGAGAACGCUUUGUUCCGCUCCAUUGUCAAAUGUUACGAGAUUAAGCAGUACAAGAAAGGCCUCAAGGCCGCGGAUGCAAUCUUGAAGAAGUUCCCCGACCACGGCGAGACCCUUGCCAUGAAGGGUUUGACGCUUAACUGCAUGGGAAAGAAGGAGGAAGCGUACGAGUUUGUCCGCCAAGGUGUGAAGCAGGACCUCAAGUCGCACGUGUGUUGGCACGUGUACGGAUUGCUGUAUCGAUCGGACCGAAACUACGCCGAAGCGAUCAAGUGUUACCGCCAAGCGCUUCGCAUCGACCCGGACAACAUUCAAAUCCUGCGCGACCUGUACCUGCAACAAGUCCAAAUGCGAGAUUUGAAGGGAUACGCUGAGACGCGCCGGCAGUUCCUUGCACUCAAGCCCACGAAUCGCAACAACUGGAUCGGGCUCGCGAUCGCGCACCAACUCAACGGCACGUACGACACGGCCAUCGACAUCCUUGACCAGUACAACGACACGUUGAGCCCGACGCGCGAAGGAACCUACGACGACAGCGAAAUGUACUUGUACCAGAACGAGUUGAUUGAAGAGAAGGGCGAUCUCGAACGGUGCCUGGCCCACCUCGAAACGAUCAAGCCGUUCGUGCUGGACACGUUGGUAUGGCGCCAGCGCAAGGCGGACAUGCUGGUCAAACUCGGCCAGUUCGACGACGCCGUGGCCAUCUACCAGGAACUCCUAGACAUCAAUGGAGACCACUACCAUUACCACCGCGGCAUCCAAGCCGCGCUCUGCCGUCGCCCCGACUGGCUGGCACUUAAGUCCGUUCCGUCUGCCACGGAAGCGCUGACCGCCGACGAAACAUCCGUGUUGCUGAACAUUUACCAAGGCAAUUCGUCCCCGACAUAUGCCCGGUUGUCGUUGGAUCUGUUGUCUGGCGCCGUGUUGGAAACGUCAUUGGACGAGUACCUGCGCCGCGGGCUCAAGAAGGGUAUCCCGUCGCUCGGAUCGGACAUCAAGGUGCUGUACACAGCGUCGACGAAGCGCGACAUUCUGUCCAAGUUGAUUGCAACGUAUUUAUCGGAAGAAGCGUCCACUGGGCCGUCUGAAUGGGUCUGGCGCCUGUACUUGGCGGCGCAACACUACGAUCGCCUGCGCGACAUUCCCCAGGCCCUCAAGUACAUCGACCUUUGCUUGAAGCACACGCCGACGGUGCUCGAAUUCUACCAAAAGAAGGCACGGAUUCUGAAACAUGCCGGCGACUACAACGCCGCCGCGACUGUUGUCGACCAAGGCCGGCGGUUGGACCUCGCCGAUCGAUACAUAAACAACAAAACGACCAAGUACUUGAUGCGCGCGAACCGCAUCGCUGAGGCCGAAAGCACCAUCGCGCUCUUCACGCGACACGAAGGUGACCCGCAGCAAAAUCUGUAUGACAUGCAGUGCAUGUGGUACGAACUGGCCGCCGGUGCGGCGCAGUUUCGCCAGCGCCACGCUGGCCCCGCGCUCAAGAAGUUUGCCGCGGUGGAAAAGCAUUUUAACGACUUCCUCGAUGACCAAUUUGACUUCCACUCGUACUGCAUGCGCAAGAUGACCCUUCGUGCGUACGUCCAAAUGCUACGAAUGUGCGAUACGUUGCUGGGCCAUCCCGUCUACGUCCAAGCUGCCCACGGCGCAAUUGCGGUGCAUGUGCAACGCCAUGACGAAUUGACGGCGCCCUCGCCGUCGGCGAAUGCCAGCGGUGCCAAGCUGAGUGCGGCCGACAAGGCCAAAGCCAAGCGCGCGGCUGCCAAGGCCCGGAAGGCCGAGUUCCAAAAGGCAGAGGAGGCCAAGGUUGCGUCCCAACUGCAGAAGGAGCAAGAAGCGCUGGAAAAGGCUGCCGACAAAACCAAAAAGAAGAACCAGAGCCGGCCCAAGGACGCCGUCGUGGACCCUGACCCGUUGGGCGAGCAACUGGUCGCCAAGUCGAACCUGGAAGAAGCGUGGCGCAUCGUCACUAUCUUGCAGCAAUACGCGCCAACCGACAUCCAAACCCAUGUGGCGGCAUUCGACGUCGCGUACCGACGGGAGAAGUGGCUGCUGUGUUUGCAAGCGCUGGUUGCAGCCCAUGCGAUCGAGCCAUCGCAUCCCAAGACGCUUGUCCGCCUGGUUCAAUUGUACACGAAGUCUGCGCCUACCUCUGGCAUCGUCGAGUCGUUGCUGCAAGAAGGCAAAUCGGUUCUAUUCCACGGCCUCAAGGACAUCGCAGCAGUUGUGAAAGACGCAGCGGCCAAGCACACGACGCUGGAGUGGCGGGUGGCGGUCGCGGAAGCGGCGUGCGUGGCUGAAGGAAGUGCCUCGCUGAAGGCCGAUGCGGUGACGUUGUGGCUGGAAGACAAGGGCAAAUCGUCGUUGGCAGUAUACGAAAACGCGGUUGCCGUCGUCAACAAGUACGGCUGCCAGAAGGACCAAGAUACGUUCAAGCAAACGGCCAAGACGUGGUUUCCGUAUGCUGCCCUCUUUGGCAACAAGUACGAGCUCACUCCAUAAAGACACGGAAAAGGAUAAGAGGUGGGGUCCACUCGCCACCGACAUUAUAGAGUCUGCUACGAGUUUCGUUCGUUGAGGCGACUCUAAGAGAGGCUUGCGAAAGUCAGCCAUGACUGAUCUGCCUGGCGGAUGUGACGCCAUUCAAGUGCUGGCUGGUGUACCCGGCCAUCUCGGUUGCUUCUUUCCGAUGGAAUAUGCCAGUGGAACGCAAA